AUGGUUUAUGAGAAGGAAAUGGAGAAACCUAAAGUUAAAACUUUCCCGGCCGGUGUGCGUCGCGUGGACCGGCUCGCGGCAGGAGUCCGGUCAGAAGACGAAGUACAGUGUACCGGACACUCCCUUGUCCUCGGCGUGCGUGUCCUGUCCUCAUCCCGUUCUUCUGCCGGAGGGACCUCGCGCGGCGGGGAAGGAGAGACAAACCCUCCCCGGCUGUCUGCGAGGGAACGCCGAGGGAACGCCGAGGAGCGCCGAGGGAACGCGAGGGCAGAGCGCCGAGGGAAACGCCGAGGGGAAAACGCCGAGGGAACGCAGGGAACGCUGAGGGAACGCCGAGGGCGAACGCUGAGGGAACGCCGAGGGAAGCCGAGGGAACGCCGAGGGAACGCCGAGGGAACGCCUGAGGGAACGCCGAGGGAACAAACGCCGAGGGAACGCCGAGGGAACGCCGAGGGAAACGCCGAGGGAAACAACGCCGACGCGAACGCCGAGGGAACGCCGAGGGAAACGCCGACGGAACAACGCCGAGGGAACGCUGAGGAACGCCGAGGGAAACGCCGAGGGAACGAUGAGGGAACGCCGAGCGGAACACGGAACAAACGCCGAGGGGGCGCCGAGGGAACGCCGAGGAAACGCCGAGGGAAACGCGAGGGAGCGCCGGGGGCCGAGGAAACGCCGAGGGAAAACUGCCGAGGGCGCCGAGGAAACGCCGAGGGAACGCCGGGAGCGGAGAGGGCGCCGAGGGAACGCGACGAGGGAAUGGCCGAGGAACGCCGAGGGAGCCGAGGGAAACGCCGAGGGGCGCGAGGGACGCCGAGGCGCCGAGGGAACGCCGAAGGGAGCGCCGGAACGCCGAGGAGCGCCGAGACGCCGAGGGGCGCCGAGGGAACGCCGAGGAGCGCCGAGGGGAGCCCGAGGGAACGCCGAGGGAACGCCGAGGGAAGCGCCGAGGGGAACGCCGAGGGAAUGGCCGAGGAACGCCCGAGGGAGGCGCCGAGGGAACGCCGAGGGAGCGCCGAGGGAAACGCCGAGGGAACGCCGAGGGAGCGCCGAGGGAACGCCGAGGGAGCGCCAGAAACGCCGAGCGGAACGCCGAGGAACGCGAUGGGAACGCGAGAACGCUGA